UUGAUUUCACGGCUGCUACAGCUGAUGCAAGGCUUCAGGAUAGAUCGUUAGCCAAAAACAAAACCGGCGGGGAGAGCGGAACUGAGUUUUAUAGAAAUCUUGUCAAAGAAUAUGAAGAAAAACAGAGAAAGAUUCUGCGACAGAGAGAGGGAAUUUGUGUAUACAUUCAAGGUGGGAAGUCAGUGCUUAGAACUGAGGGUACCCCUCAAAUUUCCUGUGCAAGAGAAUGCCAGUCAUUUGCAUGGACGUCUGAUGCUGCUGCACAGUUUACCGUGCUUCAUAGAGAAUGACUUAAAAGAAGCUCUGAGCCAGUUUGUAGAAGAAGAAUCCCUUAGAGAUUAUGAUAGAGAUGCCGAAUCCUCUUUAGAAGCUGUGAAAUCAGGUGAAGUAGAUUUACAUCAGCUGGCAAGUACAUGGGCCAAAGCUUAUGCUGAGACCACAUUAGAGCAUGCAAGGCCUGAAGAGCCCAGCUGGGAUGAAGAUUUUGCAGAUGUGUACCAUGACCUAAUCCAUUCUCCUGCCUCUGAAACUCUCCUAAAUUUGGAACAUAAUUAUUUUGUUAGUAUCUCAGAACUGAUUGGCGAAAGAGAUGUGGAGCUGAAAAAAUUACGAGAGAGACAAGGUAUUGAAAUGGAAAAAGUGAUGCAGGAAUUGGGAAAGUCACUGACAGAUCAAGAUGUAAAUUCACUGGCUGCUCAGCAUUUUGAAUCCCAGCAAGACUUAGAGAAUAAAUGGUCAAAUGAGUUAAAACAAUCAACUGCCAUCCAAAAGCAAGAGUAUCAAGAAUGGGUGAUAAAACUUCAUCAAGACCUAAAAAACCCGAACAACAGUUCCCUCAGUGAGGAAAUUAAAGUUCAGCCAAGUCAGUUCAGAGAAUCUGUAGAAGCAACUGGAAGGAUUUAUGAGGAACACAGAAAGUUAGAAGAAAGUUUUACCAUUCACUUAGGAGCCCAGUUGAAGACCAUGCAUAAUUUGAGAUUGUUGAGAGCAGAUAUGCUGGACUUCUGUAAACAUAAAAGAAAUCAUCGAAGUGGUGUGAAACUCCAUCGGCUCCAGACAGCUCUAUCACUUUAUUCCACAUCUCUCUGUGGCCUGGUUUUACUGGUAGAUAAUCGAAUUAAUUCAUAUAGUGGUAUUAAAAGAGAUACUGGAAACCAAAAUGGAGAAAGUGAUGACAAGACUAAGAAUGCUGAGAGAAGCUAUUUAAAUAUUUUACCUGGAGAGUUUUACAUUACACGGCACUCUAAUCUCUCAGAAAUCCAUGUUGUUUUCCAUCUUUGUGUGGAUGACAACGUGAAAUCAGGAAAUAUCACUGCUCGUGAUCCUGCCAUUAUGGGACUCCGAAAUAUACUCAAGGUCUGCUGUACCCACGACAUCACAACAAUAAGCAUUCCUCUCUUGCUGGUGCAUGAUAUGUCGGAGGAAAUGACUAUACCCUGGUGCUUAAGGAGAGCAGAACUGGUGUUUAAGUGUGUCAAAGGCUUCAUGAUGGAAAUGGCUUCAUGGGAUGGAGGAAUUUCUAGGACGGUGCAAUUUCUGGUACCACAUAGUAUUUCUGAAGAAAUGUUUUAUCAGCUUAGUAACAUGCUCCCCCAGAUCUUCCGAGUGUCAUCAACACUUACUCUGACAUCCAAGCACUGAACCCUUAUAGAAUGACAUGCUUGCAGAAGAGGAUUGUUUAGCUCUCCAAGAACUUCAGCUAUGCGGGGAUUCUUCAAGCAAAAGAUGCACAGAAAGAGAACCUGCAACCCAAGCCACAAAUCAAAUCAUGAUAUGUGUCUGUUAAAUAUUCCAAAAAUUUAUG